GAGGAGGCGUAACGGGGCCAUCGAGGUUAAGCGCGGCGCGGGUGACGCUCGUUCAGGAGCCGAGUAUCGACGGUCGGGUUGUUGAGGAGCUGAAGAAGAGGCAGAAGAGGUUCGUGCAGAAGGAUAAGAGCCAUUAGUAGAAGGAAGCGAGUGAUUACUGGUGUUUGCAAGAUGGUUGAGUGUUGAUGCUGCAGAAGUCGGUUGUGGUAAGGGCUUGGCAGAGUUUGGAGGUGGAGGAGGGGGAGCUGCUGCUGCUGCUGCAGCGGCCGCAGCAGCCGUCUUAGACUCUUUGGUUUUUGAGGAAGCCGAGUCUUGCGACUUGCUCGUACGGAGCUGUAGGAUAAGAGGAGGUCAGAGGCGCGUGCUGGAAGUGAACUGGAGGAUGAAGCUUGACCAGAGUCUUCUUGAGGCCCUUCAUGGCGCAAAGGAGAAUCUAAGUGAAACAAAAGAAAUACGAGAUGGCAGAUGAGAGGAGGACAAGGUAAGGAGAGACAAGCGAGGAGAGUGGUCUGGAUGACCCCGCUUUACGCUUUGCACUCGCAGAAUCGAUGAGGAACUACUACCCCCCCGUGACAGAUACCCGUGACGCUACAUGGCAUGGCGUGACUAGUUCCCGCGUGACAUACCGUGUCACGAGCGUGUUUGGGAGGCGCCCAUUUCCAAUCCUUUGAAUCAACUCAAUCACCUCUUGCUGCCUGUGUGCAGAUGGCCGCAAUAUAUACUGUCUAUACUUCUCCUACUCAUCCGCCGAUACCCAACCAUCUCCCCACUCUCAUCGUGACUCCUCAUGGUCAACCUGCGAACAUCUUGUACUCUUACCUUCAUACCAACUUUAACACAGAGAAUUAUCUCUUGACACCAUCACCCCAGGGUGACCUCUGCGUUGCCAAGCUCUUCCCGCCACGCCAAGGAGGAGGCAAAGCAACGGCUUCAGACCCAGGACAUGCAUCCUCAUCGUCUUCCCGCGUCGUCCGCUGCGAGGCUUCUCGUAACCUCAAAUGGUCCAUCACCAACACUGGGGUUUUAUCUCCCAUCUACAAACUUGCAUUGCCGUCUCCCGAUUCCGCCGACUUGCCGUUAUUCCAGAUUUCUAAACCCAAUCCAAAUGCGGCCUUUUGGAGCAUGUUCUACUUCGCCUACGCCGGUCACAAUAUCCCUCCAAAGCGCAUAGAAUUCGGGAAAAUUCAAAAGAACCCUCCCGGUCCGAACGGUGGUGGCACCCGAAUCAGUAUCACUGGCAAGACGCCAGAAGAGAAGGCGGUUUGGCAAACUUUAGGUGAAGGAAACGAGGACUGUGUCGAAUGGGUUGUGCUUUGUGCUGCCCUAAACUUACUCGACGACGAGAUCAUCAAAGCUGCAGAGAAGAACCCACCACCCCCAGGAGGCGCCCCACCCAUGCAGGCCGUGCCUUCAGGUCGUCCAGCCCCAGUUGCUCUCCGUGAUCCCGGUCCAGCACCUGGACCAGGUCAGCCUAACCGAUCGAACUCAGUCCCAGUCCCAGGUCCUGCUCCUUCGCGAGGCCCUCCUCCCGCAAUGCAGCCUGGUGGAAGAGGCCCACCACCACCAGGUCAGGGUUACCCCCCUCCUGGCGGACGUGGGUACGGCGGUCCGCCUCCACCUCAAGGGUAUGGUCCUCCUGGUGGGUAUCCUGGACCUGGACGGGGUGCGCCUCCUCCUCAGACUCAACCACUUCAACCUGGGCGGAGAUUCUAAUGGGGUGAUGUGCUACGAGCUGGCGCGGAUACCCUUAUACACCUCAAGAUCAGGCUACGGUCUAUUCCUUAUUUAUCCAGGGCCCUUUCUUCGGUUCAUUUGUUGUUGUGUAGCUAUAUUCUUAUUGGGAAUAUCUUAGUAUUUUCUGUGACAUUCUUCGCGUUUUUAUUUGACGUUGCAGCGUAUUCUCUCCCUUUUUUCUUCUUGUCAUGCUGGCCUCGGUCUUUUCGGUUCCACUACUCUGACUCGAUUUUUUCGUACGAUUCAUACAUAAUCUGAAAGUUUUGAUUGGUUCGAAGCCAAUGAUCGUAAUGACAAUAUGAACUUGUACAUAAAAAUCUUUUUCUCCCCUCCACGUUUCAUAAAUUGCAACGUAGUUACCUAGCAAUCCAAGGAUAUAAUGUACAACAGCAGUAACAACAUCCCCUAGUACAUCGGGCCUAAGCUUACUGCUUGACGAU